AUGGAAUCGACCCAGACAAGUCGACCUUACCAAAACAGUCAUGAAUUCGAAGAAUACUUCGACAACGGAUCGCUGGCCUUCCAGGUGCAGACGUGCCUGCUGGAUGGCGUCUUUGGUCCACAGGGAUCUCGGAUCCCUCACAUCGAGAAAGUGUGCAAGGUCAGGCUUGAGCUGAAACUGGAAUCUUCUGACCUCACUGAGGUGGUGAUUCAGGGCUCCUCUGUACACAGGGACCAUACCAAGUGGAUGCUAGAGAGCAUGCUUGAGAGGCAUCGGCUGCGGCAGAAGCGAGGAGUCUCCCAGCUUGAGGCUGCCAUGAAUUCCCUGGAAUUAGAUGGCUGA